AGCUUGUGGAAACAUACUACCUCAACUAGAAAUCCUCUCAAACAUGUCUUCUAAUUACUCAGGCAGCUUCUUUGCUUCCAUAGCCAUCUUUCUCCUAUUGUCAACUCAUAUCUAUGUUAAAGAAGUACAUGCUGCGGGCGAAUGUGGGAAGACGCCCAUAAGCAAUGCAGCGUUGAGCUUAAGCGCAUGUCUAGGAGCAGUUCAAAAUGUCAGAGCUAAGGUUUCUCCAGCUUGUUGCUCUCGAGUUUCGGUUCUGCUAAGGAAUUCCCCCAAGUGUUUAUGUGCUGUUUUCUUGUCACCAUUAGUGAAGCAAGCUGGGAUUAAUCCAGCCAUAGCAAUUACUAUUCCGAAACGUUGCAACAUCAGAAACAGACCAGCUGGGAAGAAAUGCGGAAAGUAUACUCUUCCAUGAGGAACAAGCUAGGAUCUCCUGCCGGCAAAGAGGAUGCUAUUUAUGUAUGUGUGUGCAUGUAUGCCAAAAAAAAAAAAUUCUAAAUUCUAAAAUAAAAGUUUCCAUAGGCAGCAUACGCGCCUCUGGUGUUUGUUGUACUACUGAAAGUAUUUUAAUUAGUAAAUUUUGAAGUGUUAGUAUAAAUUGGUUGUGAUAUGUAUCUCCUUGGGCUGCAAUGAAAAGUUUGUGACUUUCUUCCCCUGGCA